AUGCCUUCGCGUUUAUCAACCCCCGUUCUGACAGUGGAUACGGCCAAAAUCCACAAGGUCGACACCGCCAAUGCACAGAGCUUACAUGGAAUGUGGAUGGUGUUCUCGAAAUGCGCCGACUACAUGGAAGAAGGACGUCGACUUGAGAAUCUCAGCUGGAGACUCUGGACCCGCGAGACAUUCUGCGUGGAACCGGAGACUAGCAGCGAUACCUCGGUUUUGCCACUCCUCCGCACGGACACUUCGGACAUGCCAGAACUUUCCGCCAGUGUCGAAUCUGCCGCGUCCGACCAAGCUGACAGGAUUGAACAGCACAUCAAGCGGUCGAAGCUUGAUCUCAAGCCUGCAGUUGUUCGUGAGGAUUCAAGCCCUCUCUUGAGUCUGGCUCGUGGAAAAGAGAAGCAUAUCACAUCCGAGGGUUUGGAACGCAUGGUGCUGAACAUCAAGGAGAAGAAGAGCUUGGAGCCUAUUCCUCCCCAAUCGAUGACCACCCCUUUCCCUCCCGUUGUGGAUAUUACCCCACGCCCGGCCACUCCCACUCCUUCCUCCCCUACCGUCUCUACCGCGAAGCGGACGCCCUCACCGCCACCAUAUCCUCUUCACCAACAGCAGAACCAGUCCACGGAGUCGUGCUCCACUACAGCGCCCGAGGGCAACGAAAGCGACAACAGUGCCUGCGCUGCUGCUUCCGACACCAGUGUUUCUUCUUCCGGCAUUAUUCCUAUGAGAUGUGAAUUGAUCAAGUCCCCGAGCAUCAUCCGCGGAUUCUCUCCUUCGCUUAUAUCCUCAUCCUACCGAUCGCAGCCGAGAUUGGCACCCGAGCCUGGACCAGCCAAGCAAUCGGGACAGCUUAAGCCUAUGCCUUUCAAGAAAAAGGGCGGCAUGUUCACACUUGGAGGCUCUUCUGGAGACGACGAGAGCUCCUUUGAAGAUCGUAUCACGAUGCAAGGUCCUCACCGGAGCUCCCUAUCGGAUGAAUUAAGCAAGCCGUCCUCCUCGAACAAUCAAAGUCCAAAGAAGAAGGUGGCGUCCUUCAGAGAUGAGAACGGAAUUAUCAAGCCCACUCGGGAACGGCUCGAGGAACAUGAGGACGCUAUCGAGACCGACGACGAAGUCUCUGAGAGCGCCAUCGAGGAUGACUCUGAUUCUGAUUGGGAGGAUUCGGUCACCGAAAGUGGCCGGUCUAGUGUUGAGGAGCGCGAGCUUUUCCAGCGAGUCGAUUCUCGGCCAAACCUCGUCUCCCGUCGGUCGAUGCUGACCAUGAUGAUGCAUCAACCCACCAAAAUGGGCGCAGCAUCCCGGUCCACCCCGGCUCUUCAGCGGUCCCGCCUCACUUCACCCAACGGCCCCUCGAUCCCGGCUUCACCGCCCGACGACGACGAGGAGAGUCUUACGAUGCGCGGCCCCGAUGUUCCUCGUUCCAAGCCGAUUGUCAUGAAGCCUACGUCUCAAGCCAUCGCUCAUUCGCCCCGCACGACUCGUCGGAACAUGCUGGCUACUGAGUUGACGGAAUCUCUCCGUCGCCACUUGCUGUGGGAGCGUCAGCAGAAGAGCGCCACCGCGAAUGCCUUUUUAAAGCGACGCCACACCGCCCAUGAUAUGGCCAAUCUGCAAGAGUAUCCUGGUCCCCAGGGCGCCCAGAAGGGUCAAACCUCGGGCCAAAAUGCAGGUCCCACAACCAAACCUACCAGCCAAGGGAAGGAUAAGACCGGCUCUUGGAAUCACUACACCGACUUUGGACCUUGGGAAUACCAUGUUAAGGGAUGGUAA